AUGGGUUCUAAAAUUGUGAGUGCUAUGCCUCCUUGGGCAGCGGUUGUGCCGCCCACUCAGCACUGCCGCCGCCGGUUCUUUGAUGAUGUUGAUCAGCCUCCAAGUGUUGAUUCAUGGCCUGAAGCGAAACGAAUCAAGAUAAUGGAUGAUUGUGUGACGGAGGAGGAAGAGUUUGUGGCGGACUGUCUACUCAUGCUCGCUAGAAGCGGCGGUGGGUUCUGCAUUGCAUCGUCGUCCACUGAAGCCAAUUCCUCCUCUGUCGCCGGGAGUAUGGAGGGAAAUCAGCCAACUGCGGCCGUUGAUACCAAGAAAGAUCAAGAACACUCUUAUUCCACCGAUGCAGCCAUCAUCACAGCCUCCAGUUCCGCCGCCGAAAGAAACGCGACCGUGUCCAGUGAUACGAACACUAGUUCCACCACCGUCCGCUCCUCGGCCCUGAAAAAUUCUCACGAGUGCAACAUAUGUGGUAAAAUUUGUCCAUCACACCAAGCACUCGGCGGCCACAAAACCAGCCACCGCCCCAAGCCGCAAAGCACCCCCCUCUCGUCAUCCAACAGCCGCCAACGGAACGCCGUCCCAAGUGGCAGGAUUCACCAGUGCAUUAUCUGUGAAAAGAUUUUCCCCACCGGUCAGGCACUCGGCGGCCACAUGCGGAAGCACUACGAAGGAACAAUCGGCGGCGGCGGUUCCAGUCGCGUCACCGUCUCCGUCAACCGAAAGUUCGACCUAAACCUUCCUCCGCCACCGGAAUUUGGCUCUGAAGAUGUAGAAAGUGCUUAA